GUAGACUGGAUACAACGUGACUAGCUUUAGCCCAUCGGUUACUUACUUACUUCUGUCUUCUACAGUCUCUUAUCCUCCAGCCUGAGCAGCCCUGAGGUUCAGCUUCUCUUUCCACAAUGCUGAAAGAAGUGCUGAGUCUUCUGCUUGUCUGGGCUGUGGUGGUGGUGCAGCCGGUGGUCUCCAGGGGCUGCUCCUCAUUCUUCUGCAGAAGAUCCCACCGUGUCAGUCACUCAGAUGCUCAAGACCCCGGGAAACCUCUCUUUCUUACUCCAUAUCUGGAGCAGGGCAAGAUAGAGGAAGCUAAAAAGCUGAGCUUGGUGGGUCCUCUGCCUGGUGCUAAUGUGAAGAGUUACUCUGGUUAUCUCACUGUUAACAAGAGCUACAACAGCAACCUCUUCUUCUGGUUCUUUCCUGCACAGGUGAGACCAGAAACUGCCCCGGUGCUUCUUUGGCUGCAAGGUGGUCCGGGGGGCACCUCCAUGUUUGGCCUUUUUGUGGAGCAUGGACCUUACUUUGUGCAUCAGAAUCUCACAUUGGGCUACAGAGAAAUCCCCUGGACCUCCAGAUACUCUGUUCUGUACAUCGACAAUCCAGUUGGUACUGGAUGGAGUUUCACUGAUGAUGAUAAAGGCUAUGCCACCAACCAAGACGAUGUUGGCAGAGACCUGUAUAGUGCACUGAUUCAGUUCUUCCAGAUCUUCAGUGAGUUUCAGUCCAAUGAGUUUUAUGCCACGGGAGAGUCGUACGCAGGGAAAUACGUUCCAGCAAUCGGCUACUACAUCCACAAAAAUAACCCCUCAGCUAAAGUGAAGAUCAAUUUUAAGGGGGUGGCUAUUGGGGAUGGUCUGUGUGACCCUGAGCUGAUGCUGGGCGGCUACGCUGAUUUCCUGUAUCAGACGGGUAUGAUUGAUGAGCUGCAGAUGCAGUAUGUGAAGCUGCAGACAGACAGUGGCGUCAGACUUAUUCAGCAGCAGAGAUGGAUAGAAGCCUUCGAGGUUUUCGACAGCUUACUGAAUGGUGAUCUUUCUCCUUACCCCUCGUUCUUCCAAAAUGCUACCGGCUGCACAAACUACUUCAACUACUUGCAAUGCCAGGAACCUGCAGAUCAGGAGUACUUUGCCAAGUUUGUGACCUUGCCAACGGUGAGGAGCUCCAUCCAUGUAGGCAACCUAACAUUCCAUGAUGGAUCUGAGGUGGAGAAACACCUUCUCCAGGAUGUCAUGAAGACCAUAAAACCCUGGCUGGGAGUGCUCAUGGACAAAUACAGAGUGCUGAUCUACAGCGGGCAGCUGGAUGUGAUUGUGGCGGCUCCUUUGACAGAGCGCUUCCUGCCCACAGUGAACUGGACAGGAGCAGAUGAUUAUAAAAAAGCUGAACGUUUCCACUGGAAGGUCCAACCCAGUGACACGGAGGUAGCAGGCUACGUCCGGCAAGUGGGAGAAUUUUACCAAGUGAUUGUUCGAGGUGGGGGACACAUUUUGCCUUAUGACCAACCACAGAGGUCUUUUGACAUGAUUGACAGAUUCCUGUCCACACAGGGCUUCUCUUCUGUCUGAUGCACUCCAUGCAGCACCUGAAUGUUUUACUCGCCCUGGCUGGAAUACUUUUGCACCAGUGACUGUUUUAUUCCUGUGACUCCAAACCGCUACUGAAUGAAUCAGAAUUCAGUGUAAUGUAUAUUUGGCUACUUUUUAGUGAUACAGUAAAUAAUUGUUUCAGGGAAUGUGUGUACUUUCUGUUGUGUUUGAUUCAUUUUUGGAGUUUAAAUAAAUGUUUGAUUUAUUAAUAA